AUGAGCGGCGUGAAGAGACCGGGCGAGGGCGAAGGUCCCGACGGCAAGCGCGCGUACGCCGGCCCCUCCGCGGACUUCAUGGACGCUGAACCUGAGCUUCCCGAGGAGUACGAGGAUCCAGACGACGAUGACGUCUUCCUCAACGACGUCAUGGACCAGAAGGUGAGCGCCCGCAUCGAACGAUCGUCGGUGCCCUCUUUUUUUUCAAACCGCGGGGUUGCGGCGACCCAACACCCUUCACCCGACCGUAUCCCUGACGGCGUCUUCCCCGCGCGUGCCCCCCCGCGGCGUUCACAGGUCAACGUCGCGAACGACGCGGAGAGGGAGCACUGGAAGCGCAAGCCCGCGCCGACCCUCGACGCCUCCAAGGACAACCUCUGCUUCCAGCAGCUCGACAUCGACUACGUCAUCGGCGAGCCGCACGCCAUGCUGGGCCCCGACCGCAAGGCGCAGGGCGACAGCGCGCGGCUCCGAAUCUUCGGCGUCACCGCGGGGGGCAACAGCGUGUGCGUCCACGUGCACGGCUUCGAGCCUUACUUUUACGCUAAGGUUCCCGACGCGUUCAAAGACGAGAUGUGCGAGCCCUUUCGCGUCUCCCUGAACGGCGCCAUGGCGGCUAACCAGCGCGGCGGGAACCAGCGGGGCAACGGGACGUUCAUCGGCUCCGUCGAGAUCGUCCGCGAUAAGCAGUCGCUGAUGUACUUCCAGGAGGGAAAGACGAGCACCUUCGUCAAGGUGACCACGACCUUGCCCAACAUGGUGGCCACGGCGCGAGGGAUCAUCGAGAAGCAGGGAGUGACCGUGCCCGGUCUGCACCACACCUCGCUCACGUUCCAGACGUUCGAGUCGAACGUGCUGUACACCCUGCGAUUCAUGGUGGACCGCGGCGUGGUGGGCGGUAACUGGGUCGAGCUGCCCGCGGGCGGAUACACGAUCCGCGAGUCGCAGAAGCAGAGCAUGUGCCAGUACGAGUGCGACGUCAAAUUCGACAAGGUCGUCUCGCACCCCCCCGAGGGUCAGUACUCCAAGCUGGCGCCGUUCCGCAUCCUUUCCGUGGACAUCGAGUGCGCCGGUCGCAAGGGUCACUUCCCCGACGCGGAUCACGACCCGGUGAUCCAGAUUGCGACGAUGGUGACGUGCCAAGGGGACGACAGGCCCAUCAUCAAGGCUAUCUGGACGCUGGACACGUGCGCGCCAAUCGUCGGCGCCGACGUGCUGUCCUUCAAGGACGAGCGCGAGCUGCUUCGGUCGUGGGGUAAGUUCCUGCGAUCCACGGACCCGGAUCUGCUCAUCGGAUACAACAUCGUGAACUUUGAUUUCCCGUACCUCAUCAACCGAGCCGAGCGGCUCAACGUCGAGGAUUUCGCGUACUGGGGCCGCAUGAUCGGAAGCAAGCUCCGAAUGAAGGACACCACCUUCUCCUCGAAGGCCUACGGCACCAGGGACAGCAAGGAGAUCACCAUCGAGGGCCGCGUGCAGUUCGACCUCCUCCAGGCUGUGCAGAGGGACCACAAGCUGUCGUCGUACUCUCUCAACGCGGUGUCGGCGCAUUUUCUCGGAGAACAAAAGGAGGACGUGCACCACAGCGCCAUCAGCGAGCUGCAGGCGGGCACCGCGGAGACCCGCCGGCGACUCGCGGUGUACUGCCUCAAGGACGCCUACCUCCCGCAGAGGCUGCUCGAUAAGUUGAUGUACAUGUACAACUACAUCGAGAUGGCGAGGGUCACCGGCGUGCCUCUCUCGUUCCUCCUGGCUCGCGGCCAGUCCAUCAAGGUGCUGUCGCAGAUUCUGCGCAAGGCGAAGCAGCGCGGGCUUCUGGUGCCGCACAUAGCCAAGAAGGGGGGCGGCGAGCAGGCGGACGGCGGCGUCGCGUACGAGGGAGCCACCGUUCUGGACGCGAAAGCGGGUUACUACGAGAUGCCCGUGGCGACUCUCGAUUUCGCUUCCCUGUAUCCGUCGAUCAUGAUGGCGCAUAAUCUGUGCUACAGCACGCUGGUGCCGCGCGAUAGGGUGCAGUUUAUGGCAUCCGAGGACGUUACCAGGACCCCGUGCGGCGAUACGUUCGUCAAGAGCCACAAGGAGAAGGGGAUCCUACCCGAGAUUUUGACAGAGCUCCUCUCCGCGCGUAAGCGAGCCAAGGCGGAUCUCAAGAAGGCGCAGGAUCCGCUGGAGAAGGCUGUGCUCGACGGUCGACAGCUGGCGCUGAAGGUGAGCGCCAACUCCGUGUACGGCUUCACGGGCGCCACCGUGGGUCAGCUCCCGUGCCUCGAGAUUUCCUCAUCCACCACCGCCUUUGGCCGCGAGAUGAUUGAUCACACCAAGGCCAUGGUGGAAAAGAGGUACACCACGGCGAACGGGUACAAGGCCAACGCGGACGUCAUCUACGGAGACACCGACUCCGUCAUGAUCAAAUUUAACGUCCCGGAGCUGGAGGAUGCGAUGAAGCUUGGCGAGGAGGCUGCGGAGUACGUCAGCGCGACGUUCAUAAAGCCAAUCAAGCUCGAGUUCGAGAAGGUGUACUUCCCGUACCUGCUCAUCAGCAAGAAGCGCUACGCGGGCCUGCUGUGGACCAAGACGGAGAAGUACGACUACAUGGACACCAAGGGCAUCGAGACCGUGAGGCGCGAUAACUGUUUGAUGGUGCGACAGGUUAUCGAGACCUGCCUGGAGAAGAUUCUCAUCCACCGCAACCCCAAGGGUGCCAUUUCGUACGUCAAGAACACGAUAUCCGACUUGCUCAUGAACAAGCUGGACAUGUCGCUGCUGGUGAUCACCAAGUCAUUGUCGCAGGCGCCCGAGAACUACGCGGUCAACGCCCCACACGUCGAGCUCGCCAAGAAGAUGGCCGUUCGCGAUCCGGUCACCGCGCCCGUAGUCGGAGACCGCGUGGCUUACGUCAUGAUCAAGGGACCCAAAAACGCGAAAUCCUAUGAGAAAUCCGAGGAUCCCAUCUACGCGAUGGACAACAACAUCCCGAUCGAUUCGCACCACUACCUCGAGCACUUCCUCGCCAAGCCGCUGCUGCGCAUCUUCGAGCCCAUCAUGGGUGCGGAGAAGGCGGAGAGCGAGUUGCUCAAGGGUGACCACACGAGGACCAUCGCGGUGCCGACGCCGACGGCCAAGGCUGGCGGCAUCAUGGCCUUCGCCAAGGUUCGCUUAUCAUGCGUGGGGUGCAGGAGCAGCAUCACCGACGAGAAGCAGAGCACCGCGCUGUGCACGCACUGCCUUGGCAAGGAACCCGAGCACCUGCAGAAGGCGCUCAACAGCGUUAACGCGCUGGAGCGGGACUUUAACCGGCUGUGGACACAGUGCCAGCGGUGCCAAGGGUCGCUGCACCAGGACGUGUUGUGCACGAGCAGGGACUGCCCCAUCUUCUACAGGCGGAAGAAGGUGCAGAAGGACCUUAUGGAUGCGGAGAACACGCUCAAGAGGUUCGACUGGUAA